AUGGAUCCAUCACCUCGAUCCCAACUAGCGGCCGCCGGCCUGCCGCCCGCCAGGCCGGUCCCCUCCCACGCCGGCCAACCACCCCAGACCCCGUGGGCGACCGGCCGCCGCCUUCCACCGGCCAACGUGCCGCCGCCUCUAGUUCAGGCGGUUCAAGGAGAGCCCAAGUUCCCGCGGCCGCCACUUCGCCGCCGGCCUCCUCGGGCCCCGCCGCUACCAAGCAGCGGCCUCCAGCUCCUCCUCCAACUUGAGCGCUAUUACCCGCCGCCGCAGCACGCCACCGGCUCCACCGAGCCGGAGCCGGGCGUGUUCAAGACCCGCCGACGUCUCAUCUUCUCGCCGCCGGCCGCCGCGUGCCCCUGCCGCCCCUCCGCGCGCCCUCCAUCGGCCUCCAGCGGCCUCCGACUCUCUACUGCCGCGCCGGCUAGACCUCACCGCCGCCGCGCGACCAGAGCUCGGAUGGGCACGAGCCAGACCCGACUGGCUCCCACCGGCGUCCCUCGUUUUGCCGCAGCCGCCGGGUGCCCUGGCCGCUCCCGGCCGCCACUGCUGCGGCCCCCCAAGUUCCUUCCACCACGAAUGGUAGAACUCGCCGGUGCCGUACUCCCCUUUCUCUAG